UGUCAAAGAUUGAAGGUCAUCAUAUGUUUUGUGUCAAUGAGUUUGCGGAAAUAAACAAAGAAAAACCAAAACUCUUAAAAAAAAAAAAAUUAUCAGUAAUAGCCCGGCUGAUAACUUCUAAAUAGUGAUUAUUAUUAGGAAGGAUAAUGGGUUAUUCUCUGCCUUACUACAUCGUUCCUUCCAUAAUUCUAUUGAUUCUUAUAAGGAAAUACCGAGAAUCAAAAUGGGGAAAAUGCCGAAACCAAGUGCUUCUGAAUAAAAAAGUUGCUAUUAUCACGGGAGCCAAUUCCGGGUUAGGCUUCGAGGUAACUAAAGAACUAGCCUCAAGAGACGCAGAAGUCAUCUUGGCCUGCAGGACCUUUGAGAAGGCUGAGCUCACCUGCAUCCAUAUUUCUGAGCUCCUAGAUAACUCUCCCAAACUGGUUCCCAUGGAGUUGGACCUUGCAUCUUUAAAAUCAAUCAAACAUUUUGCCGAUGAAGUGAAAAGAAAAUACAAUAAAAUCCAUUUGUUGAUAAACAAUGCAGGCGUUUCAUAUCCCAGCAAGAUGACGGCACAGACAUCUGAUGGUUUUGAGAUUCACAUGGGGGUGAACCAUCUUGGCCAUUUCUAUCUCACUCAGCAGUUGCUCGAUCUGCUCUCAGAGUCCAGCAGAGUCGUAGUCGUGGCAUCUUCCUUGCACGAAAGAGGAGAAAUAAACUUGUCCGACCUGAACAGCUUCGCUGCCAAGAAAACUAACUUAUAUGCCAAUUCGAAACUGGCGAACAUUUAUUUCGCACAAGAGCUUGCUAGACGAACCAAGAAGGAGAAAAUAAAGGUGUACGCUUGUUGCCCUGGAUGGGUAUAUACUGGCUUGUUCAGGCAUUAUAUGAGGUGGUUUCACUUCAUUCUAGUAGCCCCGCUAGCGUUUUUCUUCAUGCGAAGCCCAAAGCAGGGUGCUCAGACCAUAAUCUAUUGCGCUACAGAACCGUCUCUCGAAAAUGAAACAGGACUUCUCUAUAAAGACUGCAGAUAUUACAACCGCAGAACUAUUUUCUUUGAUAAUAUAGCCAAACAGCUAUGGGAAGUCUCUGAGAAGAUGAUCGAGGAUGCCCUCAAAAAAUCUGACGUGCAAGUGUAGGUUGAGCCUUAUUCUAUUUAAAGGAGUAAUUCAUAAUGGAUGUUUUUUGUAUGUAUGUCUGUUCGAUUUGUAUCAAAGAGAAAAAUAAAAUUGGUAACUGAUUGUA